ACAUGGCGGCGCCGUGGGGCCGCGGCGUCGCUUCCUGACGGGGCAGCACGCACGGACGCGGCCGGUGCCGGCCGGGACGCCUGGCUCAUUAGCCUCACUCGCCUACUCGCUCGCGCUGCCGGUCCGCGGGACUGCUGGCCCCCGCCGGCUGGGGCGAUGCAGGAGAGCCAGACCAAGAGCAUGUUCGUAUCCCGAGCCCUGGAGAAGAUCCUAGCCGACAAGGAGGUGAAGCGGCCCCAGCACUCCCAGCUGCGCAGGGCCUGCCAGGUGGCGCUCGAUGAAAUUAAAGCAGAAAUAGAAAAGCAGAGGCUCGGUGCUGUGGCCCCACCAAAGGCAAACUUCAUUGAAGCGGACAAAUAUUUCCUUCCAUUCGAGCUCGCUUGCCAGUCCAAGUCCCCCCGAGUGGUCAGCACAUCGCUCGACUGCUUGCAGAAACUCAUCGCAUAUGGGCAUAUCACUGGCAACGCCCCUGACAGCGGAGCUCCAGGGAAGCGGCUGAUCGACAGGAUUGUUGAAACCAUUUGCAAUUGUUUUCAGGGCCCCCAGACGGAUGAAGGGGUUCAGUUACAAAUAAUUAAGGCUCUGCUGACUGCAGUGACUUCCCCGCACAUUGAGAUUCAUGAGGGUACUAUCCUGCAGACAGUGAGGACAUGUUACAAUAUCUAUUUGGCCAGCAAGAACCUCAUCAAUCAAACCACUGCCAAGGCCACACUCACCCAGAUGCUGAAUGUCAUUUUCACCCGCAUGGAAAACCAGGUGUUGCAGGAGACCAGAGAAUUGGAAAAGCCAAUCCAAUCAAAACCCCAGUCCCCUGUGAUCCAGGCAACAGCAGGAUCCCCAAAGUUCAGCCGCUUGAAGCAGAGCCAGGCACAAAGUAAACCAACAACUCCUGACAAAACAGAUUUACCCAACGGUGAACAUGCCAGGAGUGGCCCUGGAAAAGCCAGCUCAGAAAAUGGAGACAUGCCCAGAGAAAGAGACCCAUCACUCUCAGGGAAUGAGGACGGAGCCCAGGAGGUGGUAAAGGACAUCCUAGAAGAUGUGGUCACAUCUGCCAUGAGAGAAGCAGCAGAAAAGCACAGUCUGACGGAACCUGGCAGGGUCCUAGGUGAGCUGGAGUACCAAGAAUGUGCUGUUCCCCCAGGAGUUGAUGAAAACUCUCAGACAAAUGGCAUAGCAGAAGACAGGCAAUCCUUGUCAUCAGCAGAUAACCUGGAAUCAGAUGUGCAAGGACAUCAAGUAGCCACUAGGUUCUCUCACAUUCUGCAGAAGGAUGCUUUCCUGGUGUUUCGCUCUCUGUGCAAGCUGUCCAUGAAGCCCCUUGGGGAAGGACCCCCAGAUCCAAAGUCCCACGAGCUGCGUUCCAAGGUGGUUUCCCUGCAGCUGCUCCUCUCCGUGUUGCAGAAUGCUGGCCCAGUCUUCAGGACCCACGAGAUGUUCAUCAAUGCAAUCAAGCAAUAUCUCUGUGUGGCCUUAUCCAAAAACGGUGUCUCCUCAGUGCCUGAUGUCUUUGAGCUGUCUCUCGCCAUUUUUCUUACUCUUCUUUCAAACUUUAAGAUGCACUUGAAAAUGCAGAUAGAGGUCUUUUUUAAAGAGAUUUUUCUGAACAUUUUAGAAACAUCCACGAGUUCUUUUGAGCACAGGUGGAUGGUCAUUCAGACCCUGACGAGGAUCUGUGCAGAUGCCCAGUGUGUUGUGGAUAUUUAUGUCAACUAUGACUGUGACUUAAAUGCUGCUAACAUCUUUGAACGCCUAGUGAAUGAUUUAUCCAAAAUUGCUCAGGGAAGAAGUGGACAUGAGCUUGGAAUGACCCCUCUGCAGGAACUCAGUCUGAGGAAGAAAGGCCUGGAGUGCCUCGUGUCCAUUCUCAAGUGCAUGGUGGAAUGGAGCAAGGACUUGUAUGUGAAUCCCAACCACCAGACCAGCCUUGGUCAGGAGAGGCUUACUGAUCAUGAAAUGGGGGAUGGAAAAGUCCUCGACAUGGCAAGGCGGUGCAGCGUGACAUCCAUGGAGUCCACAGUGUCCUCAGGGACCCAGACGGCCAUUCAGGAUGACCCAGAGCAGUUUGAGGUCAUCAAGCAGCAAAAGGAAAUCAUUGAACACGGCAUCGAGCUCUUUAAUAAGAAACCCAAGCGGGGGAUCCAGUUUCUUCAGGAGCAGGGCAUGCUAGGAGAGUCAGUGGAGGACAUUGCACAGUUCCUGCACCAGGAGGAACGUCUUGAUUCUACCCAAGUAGGUGAUUUUCUGGGAGACAGCGCAAGGUUUAAUAAGGAGGUGAUGUACGCCUAUGUGGACCAACUGGACUUCUGUGAGAAGGAAUUCGUCUCAGCCCUGAGGACGUUCCUGGAAGGUUUUCGCCUUCCUGGGGAAGCCCAGAAAAUUGACCGGUUAAUGGAGAAGUUUGCUGCAAGAUACAUAGAGUGUAACCAAGGGCAAACUCUGUUUGCUAGUGCUGAUACUGCCUAUGUCCUCGCAUAUUCCAUCAUUAUGCUGACCACGGACUUGCACAGCCCUCAGGUAAAAAAUAAAAUGACAAAAGAACAGUAUAUUAAAAUGAAUCGGGGAAUCAAUGAUAGCAAAGACCUACCAGAAGAAUAUCUCUCCAGCAUCUACGAAGAGAUAGAAGGCAAGAAAAUUUCAAUGAAAGAAACAAAGGAGCAUUCGAUUGCAACAAAAUCCACUAAGCAGAGUGUGGCCAGUGAAAAGCAACGGCGGCUGCUGUACAACUUGGAGAUGGAGCAAAUGGCCAAAACAGCCAAAGCUCUGAUGGAGGCCGUAAGCCAUGCCAAAGCCCCGUUUACCAGUGCCACUCACUUGGACCACGUCCGGCCAAUGUUCAAACUGGUGUGGACGCCAUUGCUAGCAGCCUAUAGCAUUGGAUUACAGAACUGUGAUGACACUGAAGUGGCCUCCCUAUGUUUGGAAGGCAUCCGAUGUGCAAUCCGAAUCGCCUGCAUCUUUGGAAUGCAGCUGGAGCGAGAUGCCUACGUUCAAGCCCUGGCACGCUUCUCCCUGCUCACAGCCAGCUCCAGCAUCACAGAAAUGAAGCAGAAGAACAUCGACACGAUAAAAACACUCAUCACUGUGGCUCACACCGAUGGCAACUACCUGGGGAACUCCUGGCACGAGAUCUUGAAAUGCAUCAGCCAGCUGGAGCUCGCUCAGCUGAUAGGAACUGGAGUGAAGACCCGCUACCUGUCUGGCUCUGGGCGUGAAAGAGAAGGGAGCCUGAAGAGCCACACAUUGGCAGGAGAAGAGUUCAUGGGCCUUGGCCUUGGUAAUUUGGUGAGCGGGGGUGUGGAUAAAAGACAGAUGGCCAGCUUCCAGGAGUCAGUUGGUGAGACCAGCUCACAGAGUGUGGUUGUCGCUGUGGACAGAAUCUUUACUGGCUCCACCAGACUGGACGGAAAUGCAAUAGUUGACUUUGUCCGCUGGCUGUGUGCUGUGUCCAUGGAUGAGCUGGCUUCUGCCCACCACCCUCGCAUGUUCAGCCUGCAGAAGAUCGUGGAGAUCUCAUACUACAAUAUGAACCGGAUCCGACUGCAGUGGUCCCGCGUGUGGCACGUGGUUGGAGAUCACUUCAACAAGGUUGGCUGUAAUCCCAAUGAAGAUGUGGCUAUCUUUGCCGUUGACUCAUUAAGGCAGCUCUCCAUGAAGUUUCUGGAGAAAGGUGAAUUAGCCAACUUCCGAUUCCAGAAGGAUUUUCUGAGGCCCUUUGAGCAUAUUAUGAAGAAAAACAGGUCUCCCACCAUCCGGGACAUGGUGAUCCGCUGUGUCGCUCAGAUGGUGAGCUCCCAGGCUGCCAGCAUCCGCUCGGGCUGGAAGAACAUCUUUGCUGUGUUCCACCAGGCAGCCUCUGACCACGAUGGGAGCAUUGUGGAGCUGGCCUUCCAGACCACGGGCCACAUCGUCUCGACGGUUUUCCAGCAUCAUUUCCCUGCAGCCAUCGAUUCCUUCCAGGACGCUGUGAAGUGCUUGUCAGAGUUUGCCUGCAAUGCUGCUUUCCCUGACACCAGCAUGGAGGCCAUCCGGCUCAUCCGCUUCUGUGGGAGAUACGUGUCUGAGAGGCCGAGGGUGCUACAAGAAUACACAAGUGAUGACAUGAAUGUAGCUCCUGGCGACAGAGUCUGGGUCCGAGGCUGGUUCCCCAUCUUAUUUGAGCUUUCCUGCAUCAUUAAUAGAUGCAAGUUAGAUGUACGGACAAGAGGACUCACAGUCAUGUUUGAGAUCAUGAAGAGCUAUGGCCACACCUUUGAAAGGCACUGGUGGCAGGAUCUGUUCAGAAUCGUGUUUCGGAUAUUUGACAAUAUGAAACUCCCUGAGCUGCAGUCGGAGAAAUCUGAGUGGAUGACGACGACCUGUAAUCACGCACUCUACGCCAUCUGUGACGUGUUUACCCAGUUCUACGAGUCUUUGCAUGAAGUGCUUCUCUCUGAUGUGUUUGCUCAGUUGCAGUGGUGUGUCAAACAAGAUAAUGAACAGUUGGCUCGAUCAGGUACAAAUUGCUUAGAAAACUUAGUGAUAUCCAGUGGAGAGAAAUUCAGUCCCAAAGUCUGGAAUGAAACAUGCAACUGUAUGCUAGAUAUAUUCAAAACCACCAUCCCACAUGUUUUGCUGACAUGGAGGCCUGUGGGGACAGAGGAGGAGUCAUCAGAAAAGCACUUGGAAGUGGAUCUGGACCGCCAGUCUCUAAGCAGCAUAGAUAGAAAUGCAUCCGAGCGAGGCCAGAGCCAGCUCUCCAACCCAACCGAUGACAGCUGGAAGGGCAGACCCUAUGCGAAUCAGAAACUGUUUGCCAGCCUCCUCAUCAAGUGUGUGGUCCAGCUGGAAUUGAUACAGACCAUUGACAACAUCGUGUUCUACCCUGCGACCAGCAAAAAGGAGGAUGCAGAGCACAUGGUUGCUGCCCAGCAAGACACACUGGAUGCAGAGAUCCACAUCAAGACAGAGGACCAGGGCAUGUACAAGUACAUGUCUUCCCAGCACCUCUUCAAGCUGCUGGACUGCUUGCAGGAGUCCCAUUCGUUCUCAAAGGCUUUCAACUCCAACUACGAACAGCGGACUGUCCUGUGGAGAGCAGGCUUUAAAGGCAAGUCUAAACCCAAUCUUCUCAAACAAGAAACCAGCAGCCUGGCCUGUUGUUUGAGGAUCCUGUUUCGAAUGUAUAUCGAUGAGAACCGCAAGGAUUCCUGGGGUGAAAUACAGCAGCGACUUUUAACCGUGUGCAGAGAAGCGCUUGCCUAUUUCAUCACAGUGAAUUCUGAAAGCCACCGGGAGGCCUGGACGAGUCUCCUGUUGUUACUUCUAACCAAAACCCUCAAAAUCAACGAUGAGAAGUUCAAAGCACAUGCUUCAAUGUACUACCCCUACUUGUGUGAAAUUAUGCAGUUUGACCUGAUCCCUGAGCUUCGAGCAGUUCUGCGGAAGUUCUUUCUACGGAUAGGUGUCGUAUACAAGAUAUGGAUUCCAGAAGACCCAUCGCAGGUACCAGCAACACUGUCAUCCGUGUGGUAGCCUUGGCCCCAUGGGCCACUGCUGGAGCUCUGUAGAACAUCCGUCAUGCCAUUUCUGCCUGGCAUGUCUUGUGGGACACACAGAAACUAGGAGCCACCCUCUUGGAUCUCAGAGUAGCCAAGACAAUAUGACCUCUACACUGGCCGCAGGAGCUGUGGUGUUUCAUAAACUUUUGGACCUAGUAACACAAUGGGUGGGGCAUCUUCUUCAGCUGUCACUCAUCUUACUGAUUAAACGGUCAGACAUCACUGCAGAUGCCACCUCUUCCUAGCAGAGUCUCAUGACUGGCUGUAAACGUGUUGUCAGAGGAAGUCACUCUCCUUGAAAAUACUGAACAUAGCUGUAUAGGUUCAUGUCUGUUAGAGAGUACAUUAAUAAAAUUUCUUGUAACGGCUACCUGCCACCUAAAAUAUGCUGGUUUUUUUGUUUGAGUGUUUAGAGACGUUUGAGUGUUUUUGUCAGUUACAAGUCAGCAUAGUUAGUUUGGGGAAAGGUAGGGAAAAGAAGGGUCAUUAAAUUUUAUGUUUUGUUAAUGUCUGAGUUAUUUUUAAAGUAUUUUACAAAAAGGUAUUAAGAUUUGAUUGAAGGCAGAAUUUAGUAAUUUAGAAUUAAGAACUUGCAACAUUAAAAGAGUAGUGCCUCAUUGCUUUCCCUAUUUUAGAAACUUGGGAAGAAAAAGUCUAUAGAAAAAAAGUACACAGUUUAAUGAAGAUGACUAGUCUUCCUGAAGUAUUUGUGGAUGGGUGUUCAAUGAAAAUUUCCAGAAUACACUGUCCAUCUCACACACUGAAAUUUAAUAUAUGAAGUAGUCAUGAAUAUGAAGUAUUAACUUACCCAGAGUUCAUUUAUCUUUGAGUAAAGCUUUUUAUUUUUACCUCAGAGAGUGAGUAUACUGGUGGUUAGUAUUGCUGUUUUGCACAGUCCCCAUUAAAGGGACCUCGAGAGAAGGUAGUAACUAUGUGUGAGACACAUCACUCCUGUGACCUCAGCCACGAGUGGAGCCAGCAUAGCUGAGCUGUGACGAUGGUAGGCAGUGGCAGGCAGUGGCACUGCUGCUUAUUUGAGCCGAGGGGCUGAAUUCGUUGGCAAGAUGAGAUUCUGGGCCCUUUGCUGACUGGUACAGUGCCCUGAACUGCAGUAGAGCAGAAUGCUGGCAUUGCUUGUAUGAAAGCGAGCCCUGGAAGUGUGCCCAAAGCCCACAAGCAGCGUACUUGGAAGCUUCAUUGAUUCUGAGUCCAUGAGAAAGAAAACAUGCAUUUCAUUCUCUGCCCUCAUCCGUGGCUCACCUUGAGCAGCACUGAGCAUCAAAGUGCCCCACAGAGAGUGCUGGAGACAUUCAGACUUCCACCUGCAUCCUUGUCUUGUAACUUGGGUUGUAUUGAUGUCAACUCUGGUGCCUUAGAAGCUAGUAGUUUGGGAAUUUGUAAAAUUAGAUGUUUUUUCUUUCUAGAGAAGGAUUUCUGGUGCUUUGCUUACCAAGAGACCAAUUUCUUACCUUGUUUUUUUAAAACAGCCUUGAGAAAUGCUGGUUUUGGCUGGUGGUACCCUCAUUUAUGUUUUUCUUUCCCCAAAAGUGUUUUAAUUUCUCUACCAAGGAAGAAAAGCAGGUUUAGGUUUUUAUUGUAUUUGUAUACAUAAGAUGAGAGUGGCUAUAUAAUUUUAACAGGAAGGGACUAUGGGAGAACAUUUUACUGUGAAUGGAAAAUGUGAGUACAUUUGACUGACUUGUCCUGGAAUUCAUUCCAUCUUUAUGCUACACCAUGAAUCCAACAUUCUAAGACCUGCUGCCUUGUACUGCUGUCUAUCACACCUCAUCACGUCCAUCAGCACUGAUAUUUGUACAUGCUCAUUGAUGGAGUGUGUCUUUUUUACUGCUGCAUCCCCUCUGGUGACUUAUUUUGUUCAUGAGAGCACUGCCAGUGUCCUCCUACCUUCUCUUUCAUUUUAGCCUCUUGCAAAUAGGAAAUGUGUCAGUCCAUUGUAUUACUUGGUGAAACAUUUGGGCUUGAAUUUUUUAAUUUUGUCUUGUAAAAGAUUUAAUUUUCUGAAUGAGGUGUUUGAAUUAUAUCCACAGUGGACCUUUUAAAAACUGGAUGUAAAACCAGGGUAAUUUUUCUUGUCAGUGGACAGCAACAAAUAGGAAAUCCUUUUUCUCCACUAAUAAGCCAUUCAGCCUAAAUUCUUCUGUGAACAAAUGUAUUCUUUCUUAUGGCAAAUGUGGCAUGAGCCACUGAACACUAGUGAAGAGCAUGUGUGUAGCUCUCCAACAUUGAGCCGGGAUGCUGUUUAGGGUUAACUAAGUCACCGAGGGAAUGGAGCAUUUCCAAGGCCUUAUUUUUUUUCUCAGAAUGCUUUAUGUGUUGCUUUAUAUGUACUGGGUCUCUAGAGAAGUUUUUGUUACAGAACUGCUGCUUUGAGCAAUUUUUUUUCUCUUCGUUUUCUGUUAGGGAGAUCACCAGCUUGGCAUCUUAACAACAAACAGUAGAUGGAAAUUUUAUUUCCAGUGUGCACCUUUAGCAUCAAAUGCGCCUUUUCCUUGUACUCCUCACGUACAACCAAAGAACAUGCAUUUUGAAAAUUGUAUAAUAAUAUCUGAGACACAACAUUUUCCUCUGACAGGAGACAAUUGUACAAAAUGAAAAAACCCUAACCAUUUUUGUUGUUUUGUGAUUAUGGCUAUAUAUUUAGUUGUCUUUGUAGUGACUAAAAGACCUGCUGACAAAUACAAGUGUCACCGUCUCAUCCGAAUGUUUGUUGUCACGAUGCAAAUGGAAGGAUAUUGGUUUCAGUGGAAGCUGGAUCCUUCUGAAUUCUGUUUCACUCUCUGCAUUAAGGUAGACAUAGCCUGAACCGCCUGAGUGACAUGAAACCCUGGAGUUUGCUACCAGCAGCUUUGCAAGUUUGGGAAAUAAAGAAACCAAAGCUGAGCAUUUUGAAGAAUGAAUAUAUCUGGAGAUCCUUGCUCUCAAAAAAUGACACUCACCAAAAGUGUAGUUUUUCUCAGUGUUCUAAUUUUUUAAAAAUUUUACCUGCAUAUUCGCAUCAAAUAUUUCUUUAUGUGCACAAUGUAUGUUUUACCUCCUUAAAAUGCCUAAAGGUUAGUUAAUAGUUACUUUGGUUUAAUCUAUACACAAUGAUUAAGUGCAUUUAAUAUUGGUAAUUUAAUAAAAAGCAUUCCUUGCCCAGUGGAUGUAUACAUUUUUUGA